CAUGCCAUUCUGAUCCUAUCAAGAGGCAUAUAUCACUAGAAUAUUCGUUGUGCAAUGUGUACUAAGUCGAUUGCAUUAUUUUGUAGAAUCUGGAGACAUAAUUUUAUGAAAAUAAGUGGAAGAUGAAGCGAAGGGAAAGCUGAUACAUCAUGAUUAACUGGUCGCUCAAUACGCAGACCAUACUGGCGAGUUUAAGCAUAGGUCUUUUGGUAUAUUACGUCAUCAGACGAAUUCGGUAUCGUUUGCCUCCAGGACCUUGGUGCAUACCACUCGUCGGACAUUAUCAAAUUUAUUCAUCUGUUGAAAUUCACAAGAAAGUAGCAGAGUUGUCUAAGAAAUAUGGCCCAGUCGUACGCCUGUCGUUUGGCUACAACACUUGGAUUUUUCUGAAUGAAAACGAUGUUGUAAUAGAGGCAUUGGUGAAAAAGAAAGCAGAUUUUGCUGGUAGACCUAAAUUUUCAUCAGAUGAUGCAUUUAGUGACGGGGGCAGAGACAUUGUAUUUAGCACCUAUUCGCCAACUUGGAAAUUGCACAGAAAAAUUGCAGGCAAAGCUCUCAGGCAUUAUUUACAAGGAGAUCUCCUCGAAAACAUGAUACAGGAUAACAUGGAUAAAUUCCUCAAUAAAAUGGCACAGGAGAAGGAACCUUUUGCUUUCAAAAAUUAUGUGGAUCUGAUGGUUUUUCAUCAACUGUAUACUAUUUGUUUUGGGGAAAAACGGCCUAUUGAUGACCCUGAAGUAAAGGCACUGCUUACGUUAGAUGAAGAGUUGAUCACCUAUCUUGGAGCUGGAUUCCUUGAGGAUUUAUUCCCAUAUCUGAAGGACAUCUUACCAACUGCGAAAUGGAAGAAAUUUCUUAUAAUGUUAGAUCAGCUGUCAGAUGUGCUUCGGGCAAAAUACAAAGAGCACGUCGAUACUUUUGAACCAGGUGUAAACAGGGACUUCAUCGACAGUUUGCUGAUGGCCAGACAGGAAGCCAAGAAUGAGGGUGACGAAUCCGCCCUGGAGAAGUUGGAUGAUAGACAUUUAAUUCAGACUAUUUCAGAUAUAUUUCUGGCUGGAGUGGAUACCACAAGAUUCACAAUGGACUGGUUUAUAUAUUUCAUGACCAGAUUUCCAGAGCUCGAAACCAAAUGCCAGGAGGAAAUUGACAGGGUUGUCGGCUCAGAACAUCCAUCAAUGAAACAUCGUAAUAACCUGGACUAUACAGAAGCUUGCCUUUUUGAAACAUUAAGGCUUGGAGGCGUCGCAGGACUCGGAGUCCCUCACAUGACUAUGUGUGAUUCACAAGUUGGUGGUUAUGACAUACCAAAAGGAACCACAGUUAUUAUCAACCAUUGGGCUCUUCAUCAUGAUCCUAAAUUCUUUAAAGACCCAGAAAAAUUUGACCCAUAUCGCUAUCUUGAUGAAAACGGAAAAAUGAAACCUUCUAGACCAGAUAGUUGGCUUCCAUUCUCAGCGGGCCGCAGAGUUUGUUUGGGAGAAACGGUCGCUAAACCUGAAUUAUUACUUAUGUGCGCUAACCUACUCCAGCGAUUUGAAAUUCGUCUCCCAAUUGGAGUGAAACCAAAUCCUAAUUUCAGGCAGCUGGGAUUUGGCACAGAGCUUCCACCUGAGUAUAAAAUCAUCGUCAGGGAAAGAAAUGAAAGUUAAACCAUCUAUGUCGUUAUAUUUUUAUAAUAAUACUGUUAGUAAAUAAAUAUAUGAAUUUACUGUAA